GCCUCCGCACGCCGGUCCUCCUCGCCGCCGCAGAGCCUCGCGCGGGGCCCGAGCGUCGUGAUGAGGCCGUGCUCGAAGCUGGCAGACCUCUCCUCCAGUGAGGCGCGGUGCCAGCAGCUGCAGCUCUGCCAACGUUGCAUCUGAAGACAAGCAUCGGUGGCGCUCCUUUGUCACAUACGUGCGUUUCCCCCUACCAAGGCUCGCGAGGCACGGGAGCCCUUGACCAGCUGUGCAUGGGCGUGAUCCGUCGUGCAUGGGCGUGCUCAGUCGGAGCUGCCAUGCGCCGCACGCGCGGCGACGUCUGCCUUGUCCUCCUGAACUGCGUAGCGCAGGGAUGCUGUCUGCACUGCGGCUUUGUGCCUGUGCAGCAGACUCUGCUUCUCCUGCCUUGUUUCUCUCAUUUGUGAGCACAAAGGCUCGACCUCGGCCAGACAGCUCUGGCUCUUUGUCCUCGCUGAGUCUGCUUUCAUGCACCUCAUGCGCGUCGGCGCGCGUCGCGAGGCGGACCGGCUGCGGCGCUUCCGCGCUUGUGCUCCUCCACCAGCGCCGCGCUGAUGAUGAGCACAAAGAGCACGCCAGCGGGCUGCUCCUUUGUUCUCUUUAGCGUCGUAUCCUGCACAGCUGCUCAGCUCCUCCUCUUGUCUCUUCCGUCACCGAACGCGGCUGUGCAGGCUC